AUGCAGGAGGUCAUUGCAGGGCUGGAGCAGAUCACCUUCACCUUCGAGAAGGAUGUAGAGAUGCAGAAGGGCACUGGACUCCUGCCUUUCCAGGGCAUGGACAAGUCGGGCUCAGCUGUGUGCAACUUCUUCGCUAAAGGGCUCUGCGAGAAAGGGAAGCUGUGCCCCUUCCGGCACGAGCGAGGGGAGAAGAUGGUGGUGUGUAAGCAUUGGCUCCGGGGGCUGUGCAAGAAGGGCGACCAGUGCAAGUUCCUGCACCAGUACGACGUCACCAGGAUGCCCGUGUGCUACUUCUACUCCAAGUUCGGUGACUGCAACAACAAGGAAUGUCCCUUUCUCCACGUGAAGCCGGCCCUCAAGACCCGGGACUGCCCAUGGUACGAGCAAGGUUUCUGCAAGGACGGUCCCCUGUGUAAAUAUCGCCACGUCUGCAGAAUAAUGUGUAUUAACUACUUAGCUGGCUUCUGCCCUGAGGGACCCAAAUGCCAAUUUGCACACCCCAAGAUGAAUCUUUUAUUCAACCCAAGCUACCUGAAGCUUGGCAUCCGGCCAGUGGGUUCGGCACCUCCUGCUUCUGCCUGGGAACCUCACGAGCCCCCUUCCCCGAGAGAGUGUCUGCUUCUCCACUCUCAGAUGAGGCCCCAGGCGCCCCCGGUCACUUACUGCCUGGGGCUCAGGGCCCGUGUUACAGGGUGA